AUGCGCGGCGGUGCUACCGAGACCAAGGUCCACUACAAGGGCACCGGCGAGGACUUCCUUGUCUUCGUCGACUCCAAGGAGGACUACAACAAGUGGGUCGGCGACAAGUCCACCCCUCUGGCCCAGGUCGUUUCCGGCUUCGAGGUCUUCACCACCCACAGCCACGGCGCCCAGGGCCGCUACGAGACGGCGUCCAAGUCGACGCUCGAGAACGAGUUCGGCUCCACCGACCCAGAGGAUGCCAUCAAGCAGAUUUUGGAGAAGGGUACCCUGCAGGAGUCGACGAUGGCCGAGCGCCAAGGAAGGAAGAACGACUCCAACGGCGAGUUCAUCAUGAGGGGCGGCGGCAUGAACCACUCGUAA